CUCUCUCAGUCAUGGAGAGCACAGUAAUUCUUCAGGGUAGCCACUUGGCCAGCUGAUGGAACCUGGUCUCCAAGGGCCAUAAUAAUCCUCUGGGUUUUGCAGGGUCUUUCCGAAGCAAAACCUUUUAUCCGGACCUUAAGGCUUGGCCUUCUGGUUCAUUAAUGUCAUCCAUCAGUUCGCCCAAUUUCCAUUAUUAACCCCAUCUAGAACCAUCUGAAACUUGAAAUGGGUUGGUCUGGUGUCUUGAGGCCCGGCUGGCCUUAUAUGCAAGCCAUGGAGAAGGUUGGGGCGCUGGGAGGGACUCUCCAGAACCAAUGCACACAGGCAGCUUUCGCUGGUUCGAAUCCUCCGCCUAGAAGCACAGUCUCUACAGCUCGCGCCCGGCCUCCAGCGGCCUCUGGCAGCGCUGCCGCUUUAAGAGAGGGGCGGGGUCCCGGUGCAGCCAAGGCAGGGCCAGCCCACAACGCUCCUUUUCCUUUUUGAUCCAUUCAAAAAUUACUCAUUGCAAAUUCCCGGACUGCUAGGAGAGGAGAAGCAAGGGGGCGGAGGAGAGAGGGCUGCUGCAGGCGCCGCGCUGGGGGCACCCGGGGGCCUAAUUAGCUGACGGCUGGUCCGGCAGAAGCAGCUCGCCGGCCGUUCUGGCUCCGGUGGCCUCACCAGGAAGCGUCAGUCUCCACACUGGGGAAGCUCUGAGCGCCGCCUCCGCCGCCGCCUCCCGCCCAGCUCUCGGUCCCCGAGCCCCCUCCCCUACCCGAGCCCGGCUCCCUCCUCGUCCCGUGCGCUCCGGCUUGGGCGCCUUCCCCGGCGAUGGCUGGCCGCUGAGCCAUGGCUCAGUACGGCCACCCCAGCCCGCUCGGCAUGGCCGCGAGAGAGGAGCUGUACAGCAAAGUCACCCCGCGGAGGAACCGCCAGCAGCGCCCCGGCACCAUCAAGCAUGGAUCGGCGCUGGACGUGCUCCUCUCCAUGGGGUUCCCCAGAGCCCGCGCACAAAAAGCCUUGGCAUCCACAGGAGGAAGAAGUGUUCAGGCAGCAUGUGACUGGUUAUUCUCCCAUGUCGGGGAUCCCUUCCUGGAUGACCCCCUGCCCCGGGAGUAUGUCCUCUACCUCCGCCCCACUGGCCCCUUAGCACAGAAGCUCUCUGACUUUUGGCAACAGUCGAAGCAGAUCUGCGGAAAGAACAAGGCACACAACAUCUUCCCCCACAUCACCCUCUGCCAGUUCUUCAUGUGUGAGGACAGCAAGGUGGAUGCCCUGGGGGAAGCCCUGCAGACCACCGUCAGUCGCUGGAAAUGUAAGUUCUCAGCCCCGCUGCCCCUGGAGCUCUAUACCUCCUCCAACUUCAUCGGCCUCUUCGUGAAGGAAGACAGCGCAGAGGUCCUCAAGAAGUUUGCCGCUGACUUUGCUGCGGAGGCGGCAUCCAAAACCGAAGUACAUGUGGAACCUCAUAAGAAGCAGCUGCAUGUGACCCUGGCUUACCACUUCCAAGCUAGCCACCUACCAACCCUGGAGAAACUAGCCCAGAAUAUUGAUGUCAAACUAGGGUGCGACUGGGUGGCUACCAUAUUCUCUCGGGAUAUCCGAUUUGCUAACCAUGAGACAUUACAGGUGAUCUACCCCUACACCCCACAAAAUGAUGACGAGCUGGAGCUGGUCCCUGGGGACUUCAUCUUCAUGUCUCCCAUGGAGCAGACUAGCACCAGCGAGGGCUGGAUCUAUGGCACAUCCUUAACCACCGGCUGUUCCGGACUCCUGCCUGAGAACUACAUUACCAAGGCUGAUGAAUGCAGCACUUGGAUAUAUCAUGGUUCUUAUUCGAUCUUGAAUACAUCAUCUUCCAACACACUCUUAUUUGGUGAUGGCAUAUUGGAGAGGCGACAGUAUGAGGACCAGGGCUUGGGGGAGACGACGCCCCUCACUAUCAUCUGCCAGCCCACGCAGCCUCUGAGAGUCAACAGCCAACCUGGCCCUCAAAAGAGAUGCCUCUUUGUGUGUCGGCACGGUGAGAGGAUGGAUGUUGUGUUUGGGAAGUACUGGCUAUCCCAGUGCUUUGAUGCCAAAGGCCGAUACAUACGCACCAACCUGAACAUGCCUCACAGCUUACCUCAGCGGAGCGGUGGCUUUCGGGAUUAUGAGAAAGAUGCUCCAAUCACCGUGUUUGGAUGUAUGCAAGCAAGACUAGUGGGUGAAGCCUUAUUAGAGAGCAACACCAUUAUUGACCACAUCUAUUGCUCCCCAUCCCUGCGCUGCGUUCAGACUGCAUACAACAUUUUGAAAGGUUUACAGCAAGAAAAUCACUUGAAGAUCCGUGUAGAGCCUGGCUUAUUUGAGUGGACAAAAUGGGUUGCUGGGAACACAUUACCUGCGUGGAUACCUCCAUCAGAGUUAGCUGCAGCCAACCUGGGUGUUGAUACAACCUACAGACCUCACAUUCCAGUCAGCAAAUUAGUGGUCUCAGAAUCCUAUGACACUUAUAUCAGUAGAAGUUUCCAAGUAACAAAAGAAAUAAUAAGUGAAUGUAAGAGUAAAGGAAAUAACAUCCUGAUUGUGGCCCACGCAUCUUCCCUUGAAGCGUGCACCUGCCAACUUCAGGGCCUGUCACCUCAAAACUCCAAGGACUUUGUACAGAUGGUCCGAAAGAUCCCAUAUUUGGGGUUUUGUUCCUGUGAAGAACUAGGAGAAACUGGAAUAUGGCAGCUGACAGAUCCACCCAUCCUUCCUCUUACUCAUGGACCAACUGGGGGCUUCAACUGGAGAGAGACCUUGCUACAAGAAUAAACCACACAGUGAACGAGAAGAGAAGGCUCUAGAAAGCCUUUAGGAGAAGUGUCUUUUUGCGUGUUUAGUAACAGUGAAAAAAUCUGCACCACCUUCUAAGCAGACAGCUCAGAAUAAUUCAGCAUAUUUUCUUUCAUGCUUUAAAGUUCUUAUGAUGAGACUGUGUGAAUGAGAGAAAGACCUGAUUCAGGGAUAAAAUUCAUUCUCUCUGGACUCUUAACAAGGCUUUCGAGAAUUGUCAUCCUAAAUCGAGGCACCUGCUACAGCAGACAAUGGGUUCUUCCUUCUGUCUAUGCAUGGCGAAGGAGCCUGAGUCCUCCCAAAGGGAGCUGCCAGCCCAUUCUGAGGAAGGAUGAAGAGGAAGGAGCAUGUCCAGAAUCCAGCUGGGGGGACACUGAGCUGCCAGUUUGGUGAUGAGAUUUUUUUUUGAACUCCAUGUUCCAGUUAGGCAAAGCCAAACUGAAGAAUUCUUUUAAGGUUACUAGAAAACACGCCCCCACAGAGAGUUGUUCUUAGGGUACACAUCAAAUUCUACCCUCAACAUGGCACGGGCCACCAGUGCUGCUGGCUCAAGAGGCCAGCUUGAAGACGCUGGCGUUUACCCUGGUACCGCCACAUUUUCUCUAGAGCAGCUGGCUACAGCUUUUUGCUACAGCCCUUCCCCCUUGCUUCUAUGCGUGAGAUGGGGAGACAAAGCACUUUCGGAUACUCAGGAGGAAGAUAAAUGUGUGAAGUAUGCAGUUGUAGGUGCAAAGAAUUUGCAAAAUAGAAAGUGACUUGGAAUUAUAUGUGUUGUAGCCUAGUGAGCCACAGCACUUCUAAAUCACCAUGGUUUGCUUGUCUUUGCCCCCAGAGUCUAGGCUAUGUUAACUGGUUAAGGAUGUUGACAUUUUGAAAGGAUGUAUGUUAGAUACCUUAUUUGAGUCAGCAAGGAGCUCCUUCUUGUGCAGUAUGGACAUCUUUACAAACCAUACCAAGGGUCAGGUCAUUGUACACUUACAGUACAUGUCAGUCAUCACAGAACACCUACAAUGCAUCAGUUACACCAGGGAUGUAUAAGGACGUCAGGGAACUAAUUUAAAUGAGGACAGUCACGACUGCACUGCUACUUGUGCUGUCGUUUUUGUGUGUUUGUUUUUCUAUGAUAAUUUAAAAUAUGUAGGUAGGGCUACUUAAGGAAAGUUGGGAGAGCUACAUCCUGUGGUUUCUUAGCACACCUGCUUCCUGAGUUUAGAGGGAGUUUAUUUAAAAGAAAAAUAAAUGACAAUCAAACC